ACAGCCUGGCAAUGCGCUACGAUAUGAGUUUCGCGCAUGUAGCAGAAAACAAGGAGCGAUUGACGUUUGGCAUACGAGUGUCGUGAACAGGAAUUUUGUAUCGUCUGAUAUUCAACUGUGCUCGACAUGUUGACGUCUUUACGUCGAGCUUGCGGGCUCCUCGCUCCAAGGAACAUAAGGGGAGUGCAGACAACUACAAAUCGUGCAUCCGAUCAGCUGUUUACUCAUAGAGACAGCGAGCACGACAAUCCCAAUAUACCAUUCGAGUUCAACGAGGCGAAUAAGAAACGUAUCGAAGCGCUGCUCGCGAUUUAUCCAGAGGGUCACAAGCGUGGGGCCAUGAUACCGCUGUUGGACCUGGCGCAGCGGCAACACGGCUGGUUACCCAUCUCUGCGAUGCACAAGGUCGCGGAGAUUCUGGAUCUGCCGCGCAUGAGGGUGUACGAAGUAGCCACAUUUUACACAAUGUUCAAUCGCCGACCCAUGGGAAAGUAUCACGUGCAGAUCUGCACCUGUACACCGUGCUGGCUGAGGGAUUCUGACUCGAUAGUGAGUGCUGUGACGAAGGCUACGAAUUGCGAGGUUGGUGGCACCUCUGCGGACAAGCUGUUCACGAUCUCCGAAGUCGAGUGUCUCGGUGCCUGUGCGAAUGCUCCAAUGUUCCAAGUGAACGAUGAUUAUUAUGAGGAUUUGACUACAGAAACCGCAACUGCUAUAAUAAACGCUUUUAAGAAAGGCGAGAGGCCACCGCCAGGUCCACAGAAUGCCCCCAGAUUUGCAGCCGAUCCUGCUGGUGGACUCACGUCGUUGACGACUCCGCCACCGGGUCCUGGAUUUGGGGUUCGGUCUGACCUGUAAAAUAUAUUUUUGAUAGGACCGUAGUAUAUACUUAAUCCCAAUGUGUAAAAAAGUUAUUAAUAAACAUGUAUUGAUAAACGUC